CAUUUUACGCACGGCACAAUCAAUUCAUUUGUACUGAAUUUCUCGAAGCGCUCAUCUCGCUAAAUCUACGGUGAUCUAUUUCAGGCGUAUCUGAUAGUACCAUAAACGCAGCUCCCGAUACCACGACAAAACCCGCUGAAGUAUAUAAAACCGUAGCUGAAGAUAAAUAUCUGGAAGGCAGUUCGAACAGUUCCGCAAAAGUCGACAUGGCCCAGGAUGAGAAGGUGGCCUCCACCGAUGGAGCUGACGAGCAGAUGUUGGGCUCCAACGGAGUGGAAGACAAGCUGGCCGAGCGUCGGGAUGAGGUCAAGUUCAUCAAGGGCGACCACCAAAACGGGGAUGCCAAGAUCGAUAUCGGAACAGUCAACGGGGGUAAGCCAGCUUUCACUGGCAUGAGCAAGGAGGAGCUAAUGAAGUAUGCCAACGACCCGUUCUGGGUACGUCUUCGCUGGAUUUUCUUCGUUGGCUUCUGGGCCAUUUGGGUGGGGAUGCUGGUGGGUGCCAUUUUGAUCAUCAUCGGAGCCCCCAAAUGUGCUGCCCCACAGCCAUUGCCCUGGUAUAAGAGCGGACCCCACGCCAAGUUUGCCAGUGUAGAGACGUGCAAGGCCCAAGAUGUACAGAUGGCAAAGAAAAUCGUCGCCGCUGGAGCUAUUUACGAGUUGCCAGCUGCUCUGACCUACGAGGUAAGAAAGCCCGAGGUAGAGGAACUGAUCAAGCAUGUGGUGAGCAUCUACCAAGGUAGCAAUACCAGGGUUAUUCUCGAUAUUACGCCCAACUACGCGGCCAGGGAGUCGCAGCUGGUGCGGGAUGCCAUUGCAAGCCCGGAGAAGCGGUCCGCUAUUGUUUACCAGAGCGGGGCAACCAGCAAACCCAACAACUGGCUAAAGGUGGGCGGCAAUCACAGUGCCUGGGAGAAGCUGGACGACGGCUAUGUGCUCUCCCAGUUCCAAGAAGGCUUCUACGACCUCAAGAUGAACAGCACCAUUGUAAGGAACGAAUUUGAAGGGGUCUUAAAGCAUCUGGUGGGAUUGGGCGUUCGAGGCUUCCGCUUGAAGAACACCAAAUUCUUUAUGCUCUCUGACGGUCUGCAGGAUGAGGUGAACUCGGCGGUCCCGAAGGACUUUAGUCUGGGAGCCAAUGACUACGGUUUCUAUGACCACCAGCAGACCACUUUCCAAUCCGGCCUGGGCGAUGUCCUCUAUGAUUACCUGGCCGUCGUAAAGAACGCCUCCGAAGAGGCUUUCCUUUCCGUUGCCGAGGACAUGAUCCAGCCGCAGGUCUAUCGGUUAAGCAAGGUUCCUCAAGCCUAUGGUGUCGACCUGCCCGUGUACGGGGACUUUGUAAAGGUGCUUAGCAAACCGAAGCCGGAGAAAUCGCUGCAAAAGGAUCUCGAGAACACACUCUUCCAAGCGGGCAACGGCAGCUGGCUUCAGUGGAACUUUGGAGACGUCUAUGUGGACACCCCGCAGGACCCAUCCGCUCUGGCCAUGUUCCUAUCCCUACUGCCCGGAGUGCCUGUGGUGGCUGUUGAUGCUGUGGAGUACCAGAAUGUGACCGAGGAGACCUAUAAGCAGAUCACAUCUCUCCGCAAAUCUGCAUCCUACAUGCACGGAGAGCUGAGACACUUCCAAUCCGAGCCGCUGGUGGCAUUCUCCAGGCAGAGGAUCAAGUCUGGAAACCCCGGCUACUUUGUCAUCUUCAAUCCCACCGACUCACCACAGAUUGGCAAUUUUACUGCCCACAAGAAUCUGCCCGAAAAGAUGACGGUGUCCUAUUUCAGCCAGAAUUACAACACCAACAUCAAGGAAUCCGACAAGGUGGCCCACUCGGCCAAGGUGAAUCUAACAGAGCUCAAGGUUGCUCCGCACUCCAGCAUCAUCCUGACCUAUGUGCCAGUGAAGUCGGAGUAAAAUACAUCACCAAUUACAAUAUUGCAUAAUGGAAUGUAUACCAAUUUUGUAUACAAAAAGAAACUUGCUUUGCUAACCAUUGAGAUUCGAAGCCACCAAACAAAGUUUAAAAAAUUAUUUGUUGAGAACUUCUCAGUUCUCUGCUUGUUCAAUCGCUUGCUAAUAAAAUAAAUACAAUACUUGCUUGCAUUUCAAAAAA